AAUAUAGAUUUUCGAGAAAAAGUAGAAGAAAAUGAAGAAUAAUGAAUGAAAAAGUUGCUGACAUCAUCAUGCUCACCUAACUCAGCAUAAUGUCAAAAAUAAAAAGCGGAAAAGCAUUAUCAGAAGGAUAUAAAUCUUUAUUUGGACUAGCAGAAGCAUCAUUUUUACAAGAUGAUUGGCGAUGUUUUAUUGGAUUUUUAUUUCCAUGUAACAAAUAUGAUUUGGAAGUCAUUUCAAUUAUUGGUGAUGCUAUAAAGAAAAAAACUCGAAAACGUUUUACAAUUAUAGACUGCUCUUUACUUAUACAAGAAGCAAUCCAGUUAACACAGUUGAAUAAAAGUAAGGGAAAAUCAGCAGCAGCAAAAACUCCUCAAUUUAUUGAAAUAUGUGAUAAAGUCAAAGAAUUAGUUGAUCAAGGAGAAUAUAUUUUACCAAAGAUUUUUUCCUUGUUACUUAAAUUCAAGUUUUUAAUGAUAAAAGAAAAGAUGGUUGCAGAGAAGUCAGACAUAUUAAAGUUAAAUGAUGAUUUGAACAAAGUUGAGAUAGAAAGGUCUGUAUCUAAGUUAAAAUCUCCUUCAACAGUUGGGAAAAAACCUUCUAAAAAAAUAGAAAUAAUCCCUACUAUUAAAAAAAAUACAAAAAUGAAAUUACGUGGCCAAGAAACUGAUGAAGUCACUACAAUUGAUGAUGAACCUGAUGGAGAAAAAGAUCCAGAUUGUUAUAUUAUAGUAGUUGGUUUAACAGAUGUAUCUAUUUUGGGGCAUCUUGCUGAAAUCAAGGUUCCCGUGAAUGCUGUUUUCAAAAUCAAUACAGAAUACAAAAACAUAUGUCUUUCAUUUGACAAUGAAUAUAAGUCAGAAGUUGUUCAAAUACAGAUAAAUGAUGUAAGUACAGUAGAUGUGCCGAUUGUUGAUCAAAAUUUUAACUUAUGGAAAGACAUCAAUGCAAUAUUUAACUCUAAAGAUUUUAAUAACUUGUUAUGUGAUGUAGCAAUAUUGGAAUUCUAUGUUUCUAAAGAAUGUUUUCCAGAGCAAUUGCUUAGUAGUCUUGAUCUGGAUAAAAAAAACCUGUUUGCUGCAUGGUUAUUUGAUAGAUUAUCUCAGAUUUGUUAUAAAUAUCUUGAGUCAUACGAAGACUAUCAGCUUUAUUUAAAUUGCAUCAAUAUCUUGGAUGUGUCUUAUUCGAAACAUUUAUUGUUAUCUCCUUUAGUUGAAACAACUCCAACUAAAUUACCAGGUGAAGAAAUUUGUUUACAAGUUAAUGAUUUGCGUUAUUACAAUAAAUUGAUGAGUUUUUUUCCAACACAGAGUGAAAAUGUAAACAUAAUAUUAGAUUGUUUACUUGAACAGGUAGUUGUCUUGAUAAACGGAAAUCAAACAUUUAAAGAAAAAACUUCUGAGUUAAAAGAUGUUGAUGAACUGGUAGAAAAUUACAUGAAUAAUAUUUUGGGACAUAUCGAAACUAAAAGUAAAUCAGUAUACUGGAAUAAGAAAAAAGAUAUUGCUCGAAAGCCUCAAAUUGUGUAUUAUGGAGAUAAAACUAAAUUGGAUCUUAUAAAUGUUUGUAAUGAAGAAAUAUAUUUUUUUAAAUGUGAAGAAAGAAUGAAAAAUGUUCACCCUUAUGCCAACUUAAUGGAUUAUUCAGAAUUUAAUGAAGAAAAACUAGUUAAGAUUUUAAGCAAGCGAAAGCAGCUUUUUACCCAUUGUUCUAAACAAGGCAUCAAUGAAGAAGUAUUUGAACGUGCUUUGUGUCAGUAUUUAUUUGAAUCUUUACAACUUCAAACUAUGUCAGAUAUAGUGAUGGAUUCUUAUAAUGAAAAGGAAAAUGAAAAUCGAUUAUGUACUUUUGACUAUCCAUAUAAAAACUUACUACUAGAACCUAAUACAUUGCUACGGAACUUAGAUGAUCAUUGUUGGCUGGAGAAAUUUGAAGCAAGUGUUUUGUAUCAGAUACUUGAUAAGUGCUCUGAGUUAAGGCCUUAUAUAAAAAAGUAUUAUUGUCGUGGCAACAAUAAGUUAUUGUUGAUAAUGUAUAAUCCUUGUAAUGAAAACUUGUAUAAUAAAAUUUCAUGGAAUGGAUGGCUGCAUUCAAAUGUUGGUUUUAGGAGUUAUUUACACAGUGUUGCAAAUGAUAUUAAAGAAUGGGUUAUAAAAAAAAAAAAAAGUCUAUUUGAUAAUAAAGAAGAGCAAGUUGAUAAAACGAACAUUAUGGUACAAGCAGUUCCUCCAAAAGAUAAAAGCAGCUAUGGCCUUAAAACAAGAAUCGAAAUGAAUACUGAAACUCAACUUAAUAAAGAUGUAAAAGAAUAUGAAGUAUCCAAAAAAUUGUCAAGCAAAUCUCCAGAGUUGAAAAAAGCAGGUUCAAAAAUGGAUAAACUUUCAGCUUCUAAAAAGAAAACAAGUGAAAAUCAACUAAGUAAAAUAAAAUCAGCUAAAAAUAUUGAAGAACAUAAACUAAUAAAAGAAACAAAACAAAAUUAUGAUUUUAAUGGUUAUAAUCUUGGUGAUGCACUGCUUCAUUUAAAAUCUGAAUGCAUUUAUAUGUUUCCAGAAAGUAGUUGUUGCAUCAAAUUAGAAAAACAAGUCUUCCAUAAUGGCAACACUUACAUUAACAUUAAUGUGAUAAAAGAUAAUAAUAAUUUUUAUCUGGAAUUUGUUAACCCUUUAGCUGAAAUAGAGGUUUCUGCAUUAAAAGAAGAUAUUACAAACACAAAGUGCAGUAAUUUUAAUUGUGAUAAAUUUAACUCUUAUUUGUGUUCACAUGAGUCUCUAAAACUUCCUACUCUACCAAAAUAUCAAAAAAACAUCAGUUUGUAUUCAGUGUUUAAAACAAGAUUUUCAGAUGGAUUGUUUUUAUCGAUAAGUUCAUCAUUUUCUCAAGAACUUAAUGCUAUUCUUAAUGAAUUAGAAUCAUCUAAAUUAGAAUCUGAAGUAAUUGAUAAAUCUACUUCAACAUUUAACCUAAAAAGUUUAAAAACAAAACAAAAGUUAAAAGAAGAAGAGUCUGAAGAAUCUAGAAGAGAAAAAUUUUACUUAUUUAAACUAGAAGAAAGAAAAUGUCUUAUAAAAAAAAUUAUACAGGAACAAAUGUUUUUGCAGAAUUUAUUUUUAAUGGUUCCAAGCGGUUUAAAGGUUAUUUUUUUACAUAAUGCUUUGAUUGAAGAUAAUAAUGUAGAUUGUUUGAGAUAUCUUACUGUCAGAUUGCAACAUAUACAACCAAGCACUAAGAUAAAUAAGUUAGAACAUUUCAAUGAAGUAUCUGAAGUUUACCGAUGUGUUACAGAUGAUGGUGCUGUUAUUAAAUACAUGACUAACACCUUGGUUGAAAUUUUGUAUCCAAAUGGAAAAAUAUUGAAAUCUGCUUCUGUUCCAAAGUUUAAUGAUAAUCAAUCCACUAGAGAAAAUGAUAAGGAUCUCAUUGAUUGGUAUUAUACAUCAGCUUCCGGUGAACGUAAAUUUAUGAACAAUCAACGCAUUACAAAUAUUAACACACUUUCUACAUUUACCGUGAACUGUUUAGAAACCAAUCAGUUAUUGAAAACACGAGAGGAUGGUGUAGUUAUUGUACACAAAAAUGGCAGCUCUGUAACCGAAUUUCUGGACGGUACAAGAAUUUCUACUUACAGCGAAUAUAGCGAGGAAAACUCUAAUAAUUUUAUAAAGAUUGAGCAUGAUAGGUUUCCCACAGUUAUUGUAAAUAAAACUCUGUCAGAUAUUACAGUUCAGUUUGGAAAUGGGCGACAUAUACAUGGCUCAUGCAAUGGUGAAUAUGCAGUUUCUAAUAAUGGCCAAAAAGAAAUUAAAAUUAAUAAUGAAGGAAAAGUUGACAUUUUUGAUUACUUUGAUGAAAAAGUUGGUGUUAUUGAGUUAAACCAAUGCAGCUCGUUGCAAAGUCUGUUUUUAAAAGAUAGACACGGAAAUCAGUUCUGUAUAAGUUCAUUAGGAAAUCUUAGCAUUGAAAAAAACCCAGAAUAUGAAACAAAAGAGACAAUAUUACCAAGAUACUUUGUUAUCAAUUCUGAUGGUUCUGGAGAAGAAUUAUUUAAUUAUGAUAGUAUUAAAACAUAUGUAACAAUGGUUGAAAAUGAAAAUAAAUCUGUAAUUUUAAAGAAGGAAUUGGAAAAUAAUUCUGAUUCUACUACAUAUACUUUCAUUAGACCAUUACAAGGUGUAUCAGAAGUAUGGAAAGCAAAGAAAGAAAAUUCUAUUAUUCCAGUUGGACUUCAAGAAAGAAAUUUUAAAACUUUUGCAUUGAGAAAUUUUACAAACUCUCAGCGUAAUUUAUUAAAUAAUGAAAAAGAACUUAUAGAGUAUAUUGGAUUUGAAGUGCGACAUCUUGUCAAAUAUAAAUCUCUAAAUGUGAAUAUUCGUGAUCUUAUUGUUAAAGGAAUAAAUAACUAUAAUAAUUUUUUUCUCGCCCAACAAAAGUCUAAAUUUUGUUUUAAAAGUUUGGACUACAGAAAAAGUGAAGAAAAAAGUUCUUCAGAAAAGCUUUUAAAAAUUUUUAGGGAUAGCCUAAAGUUUGCUGAGUGUACCAAAGAAUUUAAGCAAAAAAUAGGUAAUGUUGGAGAUAAUAUCAUUCAAGAAUAUGCUCAAGCAUUUUCUUCUGAAAGUCAAUCAACAGUUAAAAAGGCACAUAAUAUAAGUAUGCAAAAUAAUCUAAAAUUUCCAUCAAGAGCGAUUAAUAAGGAUUUAGAGGAAGCAAAGAUUAUGAUUAAGAAUUUAAAUUUUCCUCCAUAUUUUUUAACUGAUGAAGGCCAAGCAUUUCUUUCUGCUAAUAGUAUUAACUCUGAUCUACAUAAUUCUGUGACACCUGGUAGUAUUGCUUCAUUAAAAAAAGAUGAAAGCUUAAUCGCUUUACAUCAACCGGUUUCUUCAAAGGAGUUUGGUAACAUGCCUUUGUGUGGCUCAUCUAUAGUUAAUGAUUCUAUUCAAGAAUCAUUCUCAUCGUUUAAUAACAUAAUUAAAAAAGAAAAAGAAUUUUAUGAAAAUGAUUCUAUUUAUAAUAAUAAUUCUAAAGAAACUACAAGUAUUGUUGACAAGGGAUUUUCCAUUAAAAAGACUUUUGGUGAAACAAAAACACCUGAGUGUUCACAAAAUAAGCAGUUAACACCAAAACUCAAAGGUUUCAUAAUUUCUCCAGAUUUUGUUGAUUUCGGAAUCUUAACAGAGGGAAAUACUUACAUGUUUCCGAUAUCAAUAAAAAAUGUAGGACUAGCUUCUAGUAGAUUUAGUAUUAAGCAACCACCUCCAUCUACUGGCCUAAAGUUGGUCUAUAAUCAUGGUCUGGUUGCUCCAGGAAUGAGUAAAGAAAUUAAUUUAGAGAUAUUUGCUGUGGCAGUUGGAGUUGAGGGAGACAGUGGUAUUGGUCAGGUUUAUCAUAAAUUAGAUAUAAUCACUGAAUUAGAAACAUUAUCAUUGCCUGUUAUAGCAACUAUUAUCACGCAAAACGAGGACUUUGAACGUGAACGUCCAUCAAAAGGAACAAUAUCUCUAAAAAACUCCUUAUCAGUUAGAGAAAAAGUUAACCGACCUCCCAAGAAAUGAAUAUCAUAAACAGUGUUUACUGCAUUUAUUUAUAAACACACUUACCUUAAGAUAAAUUACAUAUUAUAAAUACAUAUAUAAAACAUACUAUACUUAUUAUAAACAUAUAUAUAAAACAUACUAUAAGUAGAAUUAAUAACUAGAAAUAUUCCAUAAUUUAUAAUAUUUCAAUUAUUAACACAUGUUAGUAUGAUAACUUUUAUAAAUUUGUGAUGCAGAAUGUAUAUAAAUAUUUUAAAAUGAAUUUUUCCAUUUUGCUUUUUUAUUUAGUUGCAUGGCUUUCUUUUUUUUUGUCAAAGUUU